UCCGCUGUACUUGCGUCCGCUAGAGUAUAUCAAUCGCUUGCCCCAGCACAGGUAAUGCUAAAUAUGAGGCGUGCGGAGCAGUGCGCGGACCGGCAUCGGGAGGGCGUGGUCUUAGGGGAUGCCCCUGUGGAGGAGGCACCUGGAAGGUCAGGGCCACCCCGUCCCGCCGGUACCGAGGGCGGAGAGGCUCCGCAGGUCCUGCUGCGGAGUCGGGGGGUUCUGCCGGGCUGUAAAGCCAUUUUCAGCAAGGCCGCUGCACGAACUUCCGAGGGAUGUUAGACCUAGAGUUGGUGCCGGCUCUACUGAGCUUUUCUAGUUCCGUCGCGACGUGCGCGCCCACCUUUGUGCGCACGCACGCACGCAGUACGUCGCUACGUCCCGUCUCUAGCCCGGACGCUCCGCCGGUCGCGUUCUGCAGCUGUCAUUCUUCUCUACAGAAGAGCUUCUCCUCAUCAACUGGGGAUGAUUACAGUUCUUCCUAAAAAAGCCUACUUGAUGUGAAGACAAUGAGGAUGAAGACCUUUAUGGUGAUCCACUUCCACUUAAUAGAUGGCUGCUCUUUUUCUAAAGAGGUUAACACUACAAACUGUAAAGUCUGAAAAUAGUUGCAUUAGAUGUUUUGGUAAACACAUCCUGCAAAAGACAGCACCAGCACAGUCAUCCCCUAUUGCUUCUGCCCCAAGACUCUCCUUCCUAAUUCAUGCAAAAGCCUUUAGUACCGCUGAAGACACCCAGAAUGAAGGAAAAAAGACAAAAAAGAAUAAAACAGCUUUUAGUAACGUUGGAAGAAAAAUUAGUCAGCGAAUUAUUCACUUAUUUGAUGAGAAGGGCAAUGAUUUGGGAAACAUGCACCGAGCAAAUGUGAUUAGACUUAUGGAUGAGCGAGACCUGCGACUGGUUCAAAGGAACACCAGCACAGAACCUGCAGAGUAUCAGCUCAUGACAGGAUUGCAGAUCCUCCAGGAGCGGCAGAGGCUGAGGGAGAUGGAGAAGGCGAACCCCAAAACUGGACCAACCCUGAGAAAGGAACUGAUUUUGUCUUCAAAUAUUGGACAACAUGAUUUGGACACAAAGACUAAACAGAUUCAGCAGUGGAUUAAGAAAAAACACCUAGUCCAGAUUACCAUAAAGAAAGGAAAAAAUGUAGACGUGUCAGAAAAUGAAAUGGAGGAGAUAUUUCAUCAAAUACUCCAGACUAUGCCUGGAAUAGCUACAUUCUCAUCUAGGCCACAAGCUGUUCAAGGAGGAAAAGCUUUAAUGUGUGUUCUUCGUGCUUUGAGCAAAAAUGAGGAGAAGGCAUAUAAAGAAACUCAAGAGACCCAGGAAAGAGACACUUUGAACAAAGACCAUGGAAAUGAUAAGGAAUCAAAUGUUCUGCAUCAGUAAUUUUAAUAAAGAAAAGCAUGCUCUGAGAGAAA